GAGAGGGACGGAGCACUAGUUGGGAUGGGAAGAGCUGGGAGAGGAGAUCUCUAAUAAUAGCACUGCAGGGAAGCAAGAUCGUGCAGAGAAAAAAGUGGUACAUGCAGCAAAGCGAAUCAUGCCGACGCAGAGCAAUGAAAGAGUGCGAUGGAGCGAGAGCGGGGAAAGUUGAAAACACAUGCUCUGCUUUCCUGCACGCACAAUAGGAACAGCGUAAAGGGGGAAAAGACAAAUAGGAAACACCAGGAGGAAGACGUUCUCAAUGCAAAGGAAUUACGACCUCGAGAAAACCCUCUCAUUAGACAUCUGUGACCUCUGAAGUUCUUGUGUUUUUGUGAGCACAGCUGUUUAAGUUAAAGCCUUUCAAAUGGCAACUUUGGACACAUGCAGCUUAAGUUGCAGCGUGUGUGAGUGUGUGUGAAACAUGCCCUCUGCUCGGCCUUCAUCCGAUGAUGCAGAGGUGUGAGAGCCAUGAAUCCGAGGUCCAGCGAAGCCCCUCAUUGGACAGCACAGAGUCAGAAUUCACCCGGGCGGCCCGUCGGGGUCACCGCCUGGCCUUGGGGGCCUUCUAUGGCUCCCGGGGGUCAAAUGUCAAAGAUCAAACGGCACAGAGUGACGGUGCCAUUGUCGCCGUCCCGCCUGGAGGGAAGCCUCAGGAUAAGCGCGUGUCUGCCGGUGGGAAGUACGUUGUGUUUUACCUGGACUUGUCAUUUGUGUUGCUCCUAGAGUUCGAGAAGCUGAAGAUGGCUCGUGGAUGCCUGUGCUGUGUCAAAUACAUGAUGUUCCUCUUCAACCUGCUGUUCUGGUUGUCGGGCUGCGGGUUGUUAGGUGUGGGCAUAUGGCUGUCCGUUUCUCAGGGCAGUUUUGCCACCUUCUCCCCGUCCUUCCCCUCCCUAUCAGCCGCCAAUCUGGUCAUUACCUUGGGCUCUGUCGUCAUGGUAACGGGCUUUCUUGGUUGCCUCGGUGCCAUCAAGGAGAACAAGUGCCUGUUGCUGAGUUUCUUCAUUGUUUUGUUGAUUAUUCUGCUGGCAGAGCUGAUUUUGCUCAUCCUUUUCUUUGUGUACACGGACAAGGUGAGCGAGAACGCUAAGCAGGAUCUGAAAGAUGGCCUGAGGCUCUACAACACGGACAAUAACAUCGGCCUCCGCAAUGCCUGGAACAUUAUCCAAGCUGAGUGGCAGUGUUGUGGCGUUACUGGGCACACAGACUGGCAUGAUGCCCUGCAGGAGAAAACAGUUCCAGACAGAUGCUGCCAGGAACACUAUAGAGAGUGCGGUCGCAAUGCCACUAACGUCUUCUGGUCACAGGGUUGCUAUGAGAAGGUUGAGGAAUGGCUGAACGACAACAAACAUUUGCUCGGAACCAUCGCGAUGUGUGUGCUGGUCUUGCAGCUGCUCGGGAUGGCAUUCUCCAUGACCUUGUACCAGCAAAUCCACAGGGCGGGAAAGAAGUAUGAUGCCUAGACGAAACCCAGUGUUAAAGAAAAAAAAACACUUUCGAAGCACCUAAUGUAUUAUUUCAAACCCUGCUUCAUGCCAUCACAAACUAUUACCAGUGAAAAUGAAACUGACUUUUUUUUUGAGUCUAUCAGAUUUAAUUAUGUAGAACAGACUGUAGAUAUUUUUGCUAGGCUGCUGAGUGGCAAAUUUUAAAAAUUUUUUUGGCCUGAGGUUUAACAGCAACUGUAAGAUGAAAACUAAUGAAGGGAAAGCAUUGUGAGAAGCAAUUAUGGAUGUUUGCAGCCGGUUUUAGAAAUAGUCUGUUAGCGUAUGAACUGUACAAAAAUGCCCACAUGAUGUAAAAUCGGAUUUUGGAGAUCUGCAACGCUCAUAAAAGGAUACAUUCACUAUUUCUUUAUUGGACACUUGUGUACAUGUAGACACAGUUCCCAUUGCUGAUGUAAUAUAUCAAUCGCAUGCUGUGUAUAUUUCACAUUCACAUAAAUGUACUGUAUAAUUGAACACAAACAAUCCUGAUGACUUAAGUGUUAGGAAGAUUGGGGUAAGAUGUGUCACCUCCUUAAUCUACCAAAAAAUGCAAUUGUUUUUGUCAGAUUAUCAAAGUAUUCAGAAAGGCUUUAAUUGUUUUU